UGAAAGAAAAAAAAGUUAAGGUUUGAGAGCGACACAGUAGCAUAGAAGAACAUAACGCAGUCUACUGAGUGGAAGCAAACCCUAAGAAGUGAUGGAUAUUGGAAAAGUAAGCGAGCUAAAAGAAUUCAUAGAAUCAUGCAAGUCAAAUCCUUCUCUUCUUCAUACUCCUUCCCUUCAAUUCUUCAAAUCUUAUCUUCUCAGUUUGGGUGCUCGCAUCCCUCCCCAACCCAAGACGGAACCUGUUGUUGAUGAUGAUGAUAUCAUAGAAUCUGAUAUCGAGUUUGAUAACACUGAUGAUGUUGUUCAACCUGACAAUGACCCUCCUCAUAAGAUGGGUGAUCCUUCUGCUCAAGUAACUGAUGAUCAAAGGGAUGCCGCACAACUAUCAAAAUCAAAAGCAAUUGAUGCUAUAUCCCAAGGUAAUUUCGAUCAAGCGCUCGACUUACUCACUCAAGCCAUUUUGUUGAAUCCACAUUCAUCCAUACUCUAUGCAACCAGAGCUAGUGUUUUUAUUAAGUUGAAGAAACCAAAUGCUGCCAUCCGUGAUUCUGACACUGCCUUGAAGAUCAAUCCAGACUCAGCCAAAGGAUACAAAAUACGAGGAUUAUCAAGGGCUAUGUUGGGACUCUGGACAGAAGCAUUGACUGAUCUUCAUGUGGCUUCAAAGAUAGAUUAUGAUGAAGAGAUUGCUAUGGCACUUAAAAAGGUUGAGCCAAAUGCCCAUAAAAUUGAGGAGCAUAGAAAAAAAUAUGAACGCUUACGAAAGCAAAAGGAGCAGAAAAGAGCUCAACCGAAGAAACAACCACAAAAUCAAGCUCAAGAUAAAGAUGCACUGUCUGCUUUAAAAGAUGGGCAAGUGAUUGGUGUUCACUCUGUUGGUGAACUGGAAACGAAGUUGAGCGCUGCAUCAAAGACAUCUCGCUUGUUAGUUCUGUACUUUACUGCAACAUGGUGUGGCCCUUGUCGCUACAUUUCUCCGCUUUAUACAAGCUUGGCUGAGAAGUAUCAGAGAGUGGUUUUUUUAAAAGUUGAUAUAGAUGAGGCAGUGGAUGUCGCAGCACGCUGGAAUGUUAGCAGUGUUCCAACAUUUUUCUUUGUAAAAAAUGGCAAAGAGGUUGACAGUGUUGUGGGGGCAGACAAAAAUACACUUGAAAGGAAGAUUGCUCAACAUUCUGGCCCUCUUUAAGUUAUUAUUACCUUGUUAGAACUCUAAUGUAAUAUUAUUUCCAUGUUGUGUCUUCUGUUUACAUGCCCAUAGUGUCGGUCAAAAUUGAAAGUUCCAAUAUAGUGGUUUUUGUUGUUUCUUUCCGUUAUUGAUUUUAUAACUGUAAUAAUGGGAAAAAAUUGUAACGUAUGAAAUGGUUACUUAUUUUGAGAGUUGUUGAAUUAGAAUGAUCAGCUUUACACUUUUUUUUGUCUUUA